CGGCACAUCUACAUGAUCAUGGACCUUGCCACGGGAGGCGAACUAUUCCACCUCGUCACUAAGAACCCAGGAGACUGCGCCACGGAGUCGGAGAUCAGGAGGAUGCUCACCAAUAUGCUCAGUGCGGUGGGCUACAUGCACCGCCACGGCAUCGUCCAUCGCGACCUGAAGCUGGAGAACUGGCUGAUGCAGACGCCGGGGGACACGACCGCCGUCAAGCUGAUCGACUUCGGCCUCUCCAAGCACUUCACACUGGACCAGAACAUGCAGCAAGCGGUGGGGUCCACGUAUUACGUCGCCCCAGAGGUCUUGCAAGGCUCGUACGGUCCUAAGUGCGACAUGUGGAGCAUGGGUGUGAUCGCGUACAUGAUGGUCUCCGGUGCGCCGCCUUUCUGGGGGAACGGCGAUGCGCAGGUCCGCGCAAAAAUCGUUUGCGGGGAGUACGACAUGCCCGAAGUGUUGUUCCAGCACAUCUCUUCUGACGCGAAAGACUUCAUCACCAAGCUCCUCGUGGUGGACCCGAAGGAGCGGCUGAGCGCCGAGCAGGCUCUCGCGCACCCUUGGCUUCGCCGGCCUAUAAGACCUCCACGGCCCCUGUUCGCUGGGUGCACCUCGGUAUUCGCGGGGGGCAUGUUGGCGCAGAAGCACCGUGCGUCUUCGGGCCUUUUGGAGGUAUGCGCGUAUAACAUGCCCCCGGCGGAGCUUGAGGGGCUUCGACUAACGUUCGAGGCGAUCGACAAGAACCACAGCGGGACCGUGUCCUUGGGGGAGCUCGGCACCCACCUACAGGCUCACGUCUCGUGGUCGGAGCUGCAGCAGCUUUAUGAGGCCAUCAACGUCGACCGUACCACGGAGAUCAACUACAACGAGGUUUUCGAGAGCCUCGACCGAGAAGGAAAGGGCUUCCUUACGGCGGAGGGUAUCAAGCAGGUCGUCGGGUUAGACUUCCAAGCCGAAGAGGUGGACCACAUGAUCGCGGAAGCAGACGUUUCAGGCGAUGGCCGUGUGGACUACUCCGAGUUCGCGCACUUGUGGAAAACGUCUCUCCUGCAGAAGCACCACAAACCCGCGACUGGCCGUUUGCAACAGGUUGUACGCAGGUUUGGCAGCUUCGGGAGCAAGUUGGAAGCUGCUACCGGAGGCUUGGGUGCAAAGCUAUCGCGGUAGUUGAGUGCUUUAGCCUCGGC